GAACGAGGGCACGGACAGGAGCUUCUGCCUCCUGCACCAUCACACCUUGCGUGUUCGACUUGGGAGACGCUUUUUGCAGGUUCCCGAGCCUUCUACCUCGCAGCAGGUUCUUCCCAUCCCGACAGGCCAUCGAGCUGCGGCAAGGGAAUAGCCCCCUUGCGACCUCCAUCCAGGCCUUCUCUGUGCACGCCGAGCGCAUACAACCGCGCGACGGCAACCAGGUCACGACGACGUCUGCCUGCCUCAACGCGACAGCAAUCGGUCCUUGCACACAAGCGGGCCCCAGCCUUUAGCCGGGGCCACAGACGGCAACGCAGGGGAACCUAUUGCCCAGCAUGUUUAAAUCACUUGGAAAGAUGAUGGGCGGCUCCUCCAAAAAGGGCAAAUCAAAGCUGCAGGACGCCUCCGACAGCGCCGACGUCGGCGCAGACGACCUCGACCGCGCGCACAGCGAUCACUCGUCGCCGCAGGCGUUGGCAAUAACACGUGCCAAGAGCAAAGACCGGACCGGCACCGCGGGUGGGGAUGCGGCGAACGGCACCGACGCAGGGUUUUCGCGUGGCGCAGCCGGCGGGUCAGGGCGGCCCAGCAGUGACGGGGAGAACGGCCAUCAGGGCAGGAGUCAGCCGGCCAAGAUCGAGCGGAAAGGCGGCCUGAGCAGGCACGAGUCACCGCUGCCAUCGCCGUCGGGCUCGCCGGCAGAUGUGAUGCUCAGCAGGUCGGAUAGCUUUAGUGCAGGAACAGGGGCGGGAACAGCAGGAGCAGGGUUGGAGCGGACAUGGCCCAACGGCAACCUGUCGCCCAUGCCGCCGCACAUGCCCUCGCGCGAUCCACAUAUGGCCGACGGCCAAUCCAGCUCGCCAAUGCCGCCCAGCUCAGCCAACGCGAUUAACAGCUUCGCGACCGGCGGCGGCGGCAUCCCCACAACACAGACCAUCCUCGCCAAUACGGCGUUCGGGCGCGGCGGGCCGAGCAGCUCGGCGAGCCCGACAAUGCCAUUAGGUGGCGCAGGGAGCGAACCGGUGCGCACGUUUGACAUUGACGACAUGAUCUCGCGCCUGAUCGAGGCGGGCUAUGCGAGCAAGAUCCCCAAGCCCGCUCUCAAGAACGCCGAGAUUACUGCGGUGUGCCAGGCGGCGCGCGAAGUGUUCCUGUCGCAACCGACGCUCAUCGAGCUCAGCCCGCCGGUCAAGAUCGUCGGCGACACACACGGGCAGUACCAGGAUCUGCUGCGCCUGUUUGAGAUGUGCGGCUUUCCGCCGCAAGCCAACUAUCUCUUUCUCGGAGACUACGUCGAUCGCGGCAAGCAGAGCCUCGAGACAAUCCUCUUGCUGCUUUGCUACAAGAUCAAGUACCCUGAAAACUUCUUCCUCCUCCGAGGCAACCACGAAUGCGCCAACGUCACGCGCGUCUACGGCUUCUACGACGAAUGCAAGCGGCGCGUCAACAUCAAAAUCUGGAAGACAUUCAUCGACGUGUUUAACACGCUGCCCAUCGCCGCGGUUGUCGCGUCGAAGAUUUUCUGCGUGCACGGCGGCCUGUCGCCGUCGCUGUCCAACAUGGACGACAUCCGGCGCAUCGAGCGCCCAACCGACGUGCCCGACUACGGCCUGCUGAACGACCUGCUGUGGAGCGACCCGAGCGAUACGGCGCUCGACUGGGAGGACAAUGAGCGCGGCGUCAGCUACUGCUUUGGAAAAGCCGUCAUCCAGCAGUUCCUCGGCCAGUACGACUUUGACCUCAUCUGCCGCGCGCACAUGGUCGUUGAGGACGGCUACGAGUUCUGGAAUGAACGAACGCUCGUCACUAUCUUCAGCGCGCCGAAUUACUGCGGAGAAUUCGACAACUUUGGGGCUGUCAUGAGCGUCUCGGAGGACCUUCUGUGUGCAUUCGAGCUGCUCAAGCCGCUGGACGGGGCAGCGCUCAAGAAGGAGAUGGCGAAGAACAAGCGGAGAAGUAUAAUGCACUCUCAAACCCCUGCACGCGGCCCCGGAUCGUAUUGAACAUGUUCCUGGCCGGCGCGCCGAGGAAAGUGACGGCUUUAGCUCGUAUCGCCGUGGGAAGCGAGCACCAUUAUUGCGGAAUGUCUCCUCAGGCCGUUCUAAACUUUGGCCAACAGCAUGGAGACAGUAGGCAGAGCUGAACGGAGAGAGAAAGAGCAAGGGGAGCGAGGAAGGCAGAGAAGGGACCGCUCUGCGAGCCGCGAGGCAAUUGUAUUAUCACGAGGAAUUUCUUGGCUACAGGCAGAUUGCAUGCUCCACUCCAUCAACA